AUAAUAAUAAUAAUAAUAAUAAUAGUAGUGUUAGUAAUACUAGUAGUAGUAGUAAUAGUAAUAGUAAUAGUAGUAGUAAUAAUAAUAAUCAACCAUAUACAAUGGAUAUUAAAGAUUGUUGUAAAUAUUGGUUAAAUGAACAUUCAUAUGUUAAUCCUUUAUUAUUACAAAGAUCUUUACCUCAUGAUCUAACAUUGCAUCAACAUCACCAUCAUCAUCGUCAUCGUCUUCAUCCUCAACAACAACAACAUCAACUUUAUCAUUCACAAUGUCAACAACAUCAACAACCAUCACAAUAUCAAUUACAACCUUAUCAAAUUUCACCAUCAUCUACAAUGGCUACUCCAAGUCAUUGUUCAUGUUUAAAUGAGACAUUAUUUACUGAUAAUAAAAUAAUACAAAAUUUAUCUAAUUAUUAUACAUUAAAAGGUUAUACUACAUUACCAAUAACUGCAUCGAAUACAUUUACAUCAUUUAAAUCGAUAGAAAAUUCUAAACAAAAUGAUGAUUAUCCAUUGUUGAAUAGAACAACAACAGCGUUUAUAUUGGAACCAACACAUACAAUGAUAAGUAGUAUCAACAGUAGUAGUAAUACAACAACAACAACUACUACUACUACUACUAGCACUAUCACUACUAUUAGUAAUAAUGAUACUCAUAAUUAUGGAAAUAACAAUAAUAUGAGUAUAAGCACUAUGAGCAAUAUUCAUGAAUCCAUUACAUCAUCAUAUUCAACAACAAAUAUCAGUAGUAGUAAUAAUAAUAAUUCAGUAAUAUAUUGUUCAGAUCAAUUAACAGAUUCUUAUCCCCAUUCUUCAAUUCAACUCCAAGAUGAUGUAAUACUAUUUCAAAACAAUAAUAAUAAUAAUAAUUCAACUAAUGAACCAAAUAAUAAUCAAUGGUGUACAAUAAAAAAUGUACAAUUUAUAAAUAAUAAAUCUAAUCAUUUAUCAUUACAAUCUCAAUAUAAAAAAUUAUCUACAUUUGAUGAUACUAUUUAUUUUGGUAUAGAUUAUCAUAAUCCUAAUUGUACAAUAAAUCCAGUAAUAGAAACAAUACAAUUAGAUACAAAUGAAUUACAACAUAAUCAAAUACAAUCACAAUUUGUACAACAAUCAUUGAAAUAAUGAUAAAAAAAAAUGACAAUAUAACAGAAAAACGAAUUAUUAAUUCUGUUAGAAUGAAGAAUAUAAAUCUGCUCAUCCGUUUAUACAUUAUAUUUCAUUAAUCUUCAGUUAUUAUUAUUCAUACAUUUAACUAACAUGUACAUAAAUGACAAAGAAACUAACAUCAUCAAUUCAGUGUAUACUUUAAAACGACACAGUAAAGUUUGUUAUAGUACAUGAUUAUGCUCAUUUUAUAAAUUGUACAUGAUAUAUACAUACUACUUAAAUAUUUAUAAGGAAGUAGCUCAUAUACAGUUGUAAUAUAUACAUAUAUAUAUAUUGAACUUUUAAGGAGUACAUUUUAAAACACAAAUCUUUAAUGAAUAUUUACAAGAAAAAGCAAGCAAACAGAACAGAACAGAACAGAAUAGUUCUCCUAAUUAAUGGUUGUGCACUAAUUUUGAUAAUGAUUUAUAUAAUCAAAUUAAUGAGAAAUAUUCUACACAAAUACAUAGAUACAAGUACAUAGGGACAUUUUGUAUACACAUACACAUACGUGCACACACACACACAAACACAUGCACAAAUCUAUCUCGUUUGCACAAAAUUUGUUAUGACUUUACUUUCUUUCAAGAGAAGGAGAACAAAAGUGAGGAAAGAAUACGAACUUAAGGGAUAACAUAAUGUAAUCUUUAUAAGGUUAUGUUUAGUUGGACCAUUCAGUUAAACAAAGGAAACCAUACAUUGUAAUCUAAAUUGCAAAAAUGUCAUUUGUAUUAUUUUACAUUUGAGAAAGGAAUGAUAAACUUUGAUUUGGGAUUUUAUUUGUGUUGAUCUUUCUUCAAGUUAAGGAGCACUGUUUGUUUUGUUUCGUUUUCUUUUUUAAAGAAAAAAAUAUGUAACUUUUACUAAAUGUUC